GGCGGGGAUUGUUAGCAAAUUAACACAGCGGCAGGCUCAUAAAUUGCAAUUUACUUGGAAAUAACUACAACUUAAACUUAGGGUGUUUCAAAUAAGGAUGAACUGAGCGUGUUCUGCCAAAAAAGGUUUUCCCUACAUAUAUGUCACCUCUACACAGCGCACCGAAUCUAAAAUAUAGCCGAAAAUGAGGCGCACGCAGCACUCCGUCAUACACUCCGUGGGCAAAAAGGUUUCGAACAUGUCGACCUCCAACAAACAGAACUUCAUGGACAUGGAUCAAGAGGAACAGCAGCCUGAGCAAAUGUAUCUGGCCACCCAGACCGUGGAUGACAUUCUGAAUGAGGUCCUCUGCAUGCAGAACUUCCAGCAAAAGCAGACAGACAGCAACCUAGACCAGUUCUGCCAGUCGGAGAGGUCCAGGGACCUGAAGGUGGAGGAGGACUUGGACAUGGACCCGCGACUGCGCAGCUGGAACCGCGUGCUGGAGGAGCGGAGGCGCCUGCAGAAUCGGAUCGCGCUGCAGACGGGUAAGCGGGCCGAGGACGUGCUCUUUAACCGCUCGGCAACCAUCGACGAGGCCAACAAGCGGAUGAUCCUGCGCGUCCUUGACACCGCCGACCGGUCGCAACCUCAUGCUCGCCUCAAGGACAAUGUUACCUUGAACUCACUGAAGCCGCGAUGUGAUCCCCAGCUCUGCCGGGAGAUUAAGGAGCUGUACGCCGUGAAGCCGCAGUUGCAGGAGGUGGAGUUCGUCGGCCUGCCGCCGGUCACCCAAAAGGAGCUGGCUGCCACCCGCCUGCCACCCAACGAGAUCGAGAGCCAGUGGCAGCGCUCCCGUGUCUUGAACGAACGACUCGAGGAAAAGAAGCACUCUAUUCGCCAGGUGCUUGACUUCGCGCCCGAUCUUAAGGGGCUGCAGAUCACGCCGGCAUUGGCGGGCUCGUCCACUAAGACUCUGCCGAUCGUCAAGGUGGACGAAACUUCGUUGUCUGCUAUCUCCGGGAACUCCACUCCGGAAGAGGAGGAGGAUUUGGAGCUCGAUCUGCUGUCCAUAGACGGGGAGGAGAGCGGUAGCGAUCUCGAGCCGGCACUCGAGGAAAUUGGGAUAGGAAAGGGGAUAGUCGAGAGUCAGGACAUGGAUGACACCCAGGACAUACAGGGUCUGAUGAUUAACGGCGUGCUCAUUGAUUACCGCAAUCCUGUCGGCGCCAUAAGCAAGAGCAUCACUGUGUUCCUUCAAUGUGAACCAUAUGAGCGCGUGGUGAAGAUGCUUUUGGACAUUCAGAAUCUGAGUCCCAAGCUGGUCCAUGUCUAUUGGCUGAGCAAGAACCGCCUGCGCUCCGACCGGCUGCCCUUGAACUCCGAGCUGGUCUUCGACCGCAGCGAGUUCAUCCUGGAACCGCAGGGCCGCCGCCUCAUCCGGGUGAUGUUCCAGCCGAAAAAGGUGGGCCUGUUCACGCAGCGAUGGCACGUGAACUUUCAAAAGUCGCCCUUCUGUGGCACCCGGCGCCUGGACGUCGUUCUCCAGGGCCAGUGCACCAUGCCCGCUCCGUUCCAGAGACGCCUCGAGGGUCACCGACAGGCGCCCCUGGACAAGCAGCAACAAUUGCAGGCCCAGGGUCUUCUCCAAAUGCAGGCCAGCCUGGCCCCCAUCAUCGAGAACCCGCGACCAUUGUGUCCGUACCAAAGACCCCUUGACGAGCGCGAGGUCUUCAAUGCCCAGAACUUCUCCUAUCGCUGCCAGCGAUACGAGGAUCUGGAGGCGCUCAAGGACUUAUAUCAACUGGCCAAGAAGCCACGCGAUAGGCCUUGGGAUUUGAGCAUCGAGACCCUGCGUAGUCUUAUUGGCAAGCAGGAAAGUCGUCUCCUGCGCGAGCAUUUCCACAACCAACUGGUUGUCUUGCUCCAGCCGCUGAAGUGCAACAGGUGCUCCGCCUAUCCCUUUCUGGAGCACAACACGGAGCGGGAUAGAUCUUGCUUCAUCUACGUGCGCGGCACCAUCAGCAGCACCAUCGACGAAUGGGAGGCAAUGGUUUUCGGCCUGGAUGAACAGUUCUUCAAGCUGGAGCUCCUGCGCUAUCUAGGCGAGAAUUCUUCUCUGCCGGUCGCCGCCGAACUAACGCAGAAGAACCGCCAGCUGGGCACAGAUGAAAACGAGGAGAUACAGAUCGUGGAGAACGUUUCGAAGCGAGUCAAGGGCAGCAAGUACCUCAAGGACUCCCUCUACAUGCACACCUACAGCCUGCUCUGUGAUGCUGUCGAGGUCAUAGUCUCCGUAAUCGAGAGCACCGCUGAUUAGCACUCAUACCACUGGGAACACCGGUAUACCCUCCAAGUUUUGGUUGUAUAUAUAUUUUUUAAGUGGCAACACCCAAAUAAAAUUAAAAAAAUAUUUAUAAUAGAUAAGGGACUCCAGUUUA